AGUUUUCAUUUAUCAAGAGUCCAAAAAUGGCACGAUUUAAUAUAAUUUUCGCCUUAGUUAUUGUAGUGUUUUUAACAAUUGCUGAAGCAGGAUUACGAGAACGUCGUUCACCUCAAUUUAGUCAAGCAAGUGCCAGUGCAGCAUCGUUUGGAGGUAACAGGUAUCCACCGAGACCAGGAUUUGGGGGUCCUGUAUCAGGUUUUGGGCGCCCUGGACCAGGUUUUGGUAGUGGAAGACCAGGUGGCAACUUUGGAGGUUCCGGAUUUGGACAUGGUUCCCAAAGAGGAUUUGGACAAAAUCUACCAGGAAGGCAGGGUGUCAAUAUUAACAUUGCUAAGAGUGUUAGCAUCAGCACUGGUGGUCGUGGUACGGCGUUGUCUCAAGCAAGUUCGAAUUCAAGAGGCUAGUGAUGUGUUUAUAUUAAGACAAUUAUACGACAUUUCUUUGUUAGGAUAUUUGUAAGAUUUCGAUUAAAAUAUUUUUCUAGAUUAUACUUGAUUUUUAUUUUACAGCUUAACUUA